AGAAGGAAGAAAGUAUACGUCGGAUGUAAACAAUGAAUAUAAAUAUCAAAAAUAUAAAGAAUCCAUAAAAUAAAUCAAUAGUUCGGGAUUUUAAACUGCAUGCAUUCGGUUUUAUAUAUUUGGCAACUUCUCCAUUGACUGAGCUUUCCAGCUAAACUAGAGAUUAUCAUAGACGAGGAACUGGCAUAAGAUGUAUCCAGCACAGUUUUCCAGCAUAAAAUAGCUCUAAUGGCUACCACUGCUUUCAUGACAGAAUUUCGCUCUUGUAUGACUUUUGAGUGUAAAACUUCUAUAUCAUCUUCAGUUGAAUUUUCAAAAGUAAAUAACUACGAAGAAGCUGAGGCCAGAAUGACUCCCCAAAUCACACACGAAGAAAUGGAGCAGAAGAGUUCCGACAGAGUUCCUGAUUCCGAGCAAUCCAGAGAGAAUCGCGAAUCUCCACUCUCAAGUCCCGGAACUUCGAUGGCAUCCUCAUCCCCUGCACUACACAGAGAAGUCCUAAAUGGAAGAUUGAACCAAAGUUAUGAAUUACGAGAGCCUCGUAUGAUGGAUUCUUCUUCCGAUGAAAGUGAGUUGAUGCCGAAUGAUCUAUCUGGAUUCCAUGAAGAUCUUGAAGAACCCCAGAAUCCUUUAGAACAAUUACAAUGUUCAUUAGAAAAGACAGGACCGCUAGGGAGAAAAAUUAGUUCUAGUUACUCUCCAGCAAAAAAUAGCAGCCCUCCUGGUUUGAAUGGAACAAUGAUUUCUGCAACAGAAGAAUCUUGCGUAUUCUAUGAAGGAAAUGAUCUUUAUAAAUGUCAUCUCUGCAGUUAUUCAGGGAAUUCAAAACAGAGUUUCAAUGUUCAUAUGAAUCUGCAUUUUGAUCAGAAAUGCCCUUUCUGUGAUUACACUUCCCGAACUGAAGGCCGAUUGAAACGCCACAUUAAAGACUUUCAUUCAGAGACCCCGCCAGACAGUUGGGCAGGUACACGAGUUCCUCGAACAGAUGGCAGUGGUGGUGAACAAUCCAUGGACGAUAGUGUUAGUUCUUCGGGAAACGGAAAGCCUCGAACAUUCCGAUGUAAACAGUGCGAUUUUGUAGCAUAUCAAAAGCAGGAUUUUUGGGAGCACAGUAAAAAUCAUAUCAAGCUCGAGAAGUUGCUAACCUGCCCACAAUGUCCUUUUGUAACGGAAUACAAACAUCACCUGGAAUAUCACCUUAGGAAUCAUUACGGGUCCAAACCAUUCAAAUGUGCCAAGUGUAAUUACAGUUGCGUUAAUAAAUCGAUGCUAAACAGUCACAUGAAAUCUCACUCAAAUAUCUAUCAGUACCGAUGUGCUAAUUGCACGUAUGCUACGAAGUACUGCCACAGUUUGAAACUACAUCUAAGAAAAUAUUCACACAAACCAGCAACUGUAUUGAACACAGAUGGCACUCCAAAUCCUUAUCCUGUGAUUGAUGUUUAUGGAACUCGGAGAGGUCCUAAAACAAAGAAAAAAAAGCACUCGGAAGAUUCUGAAAAUCAUCCAAUUCCUACUUCAGCUAUAGUUCCUAGUCCUCAACCCGUGAAUUAUCCAGGAGUUGUUUCAUUGCUUCCAAAUUUAAUGUAUACAAGUCCCAUUUUUAAUAGUUACCAUAACAGUAUGUUCAUAAGGCCACCUGUAUCAAUAGAUAGUUCAAAUAAUACAUCUCAUAUGCCUUCUUUUGGAGUAAAACAUGCUAAUUCUUCAUAUAACGCAAUAACCCAUGGCAUGUCUUCCUUCAGCAAACAGCGCGGCAAUACUUAUAAAUGCCUUUUAUGCGAUUUUACAACAGAUGAGCAGGAAAUACAACAAAGGCAUAUAGCGUGGCAUGCUGCUAAUGAUAAUCAAGACCUAAUUAAACUUUAUGGCAUCAAUUCAGAAUCCAUACUUCCUUUACCGAAUCAUUCCAAAGUACUGAAUUGCUACCCACAAAAUCAGCAACAUUUUUCUUCAGAUGGUACAAGAAGAGACAGAGAUAACUCUUUCAAGUCAUAUGAUACAUCAACAGUAAACGAAACAUCUGGCGGUGUGAUAAAUAACCACGAAUUUGUUAAUAGUAGAAGCGAAGAUGAAAACGAAAUAAGCACCAUACGUAGCGAUAAUAACCAAGUUCCAAAGGUUGACAAAGAAGACAAGAUUCCAAACUGUAAAACACAUGCAAUAAACCAAGAGAAAGAAUCUGACGAAAAGGAAAGAGGAGUUAUUGUGGAACACAAAUCCGAAAAAUCAUAUUCUUCCCGGCAGCAGCAUUCAGAAACAUCAGAGAGGCAAAGUGAAGAGAUUGAAUGCAGAGUUAAUAACAUUUUUGAUGCUCAAAAUCCUCUUGAUCUGAGCAAUACAAAGUUGUUAGAUACAAGGAAUGAAAGCACGAGUAAUACCCAAAAUCAAAAUUUUGAAAGGAAGACCUCAACGACGGCUAUAGCUAAUAUGUCUUCCAACUGCCAUACAAGAAACAGAAGAAAAGGCAAGGCAUUUAAAAUCGAUCAUUACAUCCAGUAUGAUGAAAUGCAACCUGCCGAAACUAAUAUUUCUAAAGCUCUGGGGAAAAUUCCAUUCUCUCAGACAGAUACAGAAUACAACUUAUUUGUGCCAAACGAAAAGUCAGCAAAGUUCCUAUCACCUGAAUUAGUACAAAGCUCAUCUCCAGUGCAAGCGAAAGCCACAAUACGUGCUACAAAUACAAAUGCAGAAAAUGGAAAUCGUGAUCAAGAUAUUCAUCAUAACAUGCGUGCUGAGUAUCCUACUCAGAAUAGCUCAGUUCCUGUACCAAAAAAAGUUAGCAUGCAGAACUCCAGGGAGAGGAAGCUAUCAAGUGAAAAUGACAGUUUAACAGACAUUUCUUCUCUUGUGCCGAAAGUUGAGUUGCAUGUUGAAGAUGAUACAAGUAGGGGUGCAUUAAAAUGGCCGCAAGUUUACAGAUGCUCACACUGUGACAUGACAUUCGGAGACUGCAUCAUGCAUUCAAUGCACAUGGGCUAUCAUGGUUAUGGGGAUCCAUUCACAUGCAAUAUGUGCGGACAAAAGAAUAAAAAUAAAGUAGAUUUUUUUCUUCAUAUUGCACGUGCCGCUCACUUGCAAUAAAAUGAAUGAACAGAAAUGGAAAUUAUCAGUAACUGAAAAUGCUUCAACUAUUUGCAUUUCAAAUCUCAGUCUGUGAGAGUAUUAAGUUCCUCAACGGAUUUCAUGUUCCUUUCUACCAUUAUUUAUUCAGAAACAUAUCUGUGUUGUGAUAGACUGUUGUAACUUGAAAGAAAUAUUAAAAGAAUAUUUUUGAAGCAUCAAUCAAGUCCAGAAAUGUUAGAUGUUUUUGAAAACUAAGAAGUUCGUUUUUUCUUUACUAUGAAGUGACGAAUAUUCAUCUGCUUUCAUCAUCAUACAUUUGAAUAUGACUGACUCUUCUUUUCUGAAACUGCAAACAAAGCGACAGUUCCAAAAACUGCUAUUUUAAAAAAAAAAAGUCUUUUUCUAUUUCAUUUGCAGUCUGUAGAAAGGUGAACAUUGGUUAUUAUGAAACCUAUGGAACUGUUAAGUUACAAAUGUAUUUUUCAAGGAAUAAUUUUGAAAUGAUAGCGUUGUAGUUUGGAACAUUAUGAAAAGAAGAAAAAAAUUGUUUGCUUCAUGGGUUGUUAAAAAUUAACACUUUGCUACUAUAUGUAGAGUAGCAUGUCAUAAGAACUCAUGAUAUUGUUGAAAAAAUCAAAAGUUCAUAUUGUCUACAAAAAAUUACCGCUAGUCACUCCCGUUAUAACAUUUUGGUGAAUUAAUUGCAAUAUUCUUUAUACAUAAUGCGCUACGGCAUUCUGAAAAUCAAAAUUUCAAACUAUAUUGUUAUGUCUCAUGUUAUAUCUAAACUGUUGUAUAUUGAUUUGUGUGAUAUAUUUUUUAACAAACUGUUUUAUAGCGAAAAAAUGCGUUUUGGUGGCAUUGUGAAAGAUAACUCGAGGCAUUAAGUUCCUGUAAUACCAUACGUUCAAUAAGUGCUCCUGCUCGUUUUCUGCGUUUUCGAAUUAAAAGCAAAGCAAUCUUUCCUAUUCGUUAGUUUAAUUUUUAAAUAACUUUAUAUAUAUAUAUAUAUAUAUAUAUCCUCACUAAAAUUAAAAACCGAAGCACAGCUGUAAAUGCCACUUACACUGAUUUAAAUGGAAACAUUCUAUUAGAAAAUCUACCAGCGCAUACGUUAUCUAUUACAAAGCUGAGAAACAACUGAAACAUAAAAAAAGUACGUGCAUAUCCAUAAAUAUUUUUAAAGGAAAAAAAAGGGCACUCUUCUGGAAUAAAUAUCAGGAUAACAAAAUACUUUUUUUCAUUUGCAGUGCAAUCUGUGAUAUAAACAAUACUUAUAAUUACUCAACGAAUUCAGAUUUUUUUUUUUUUUUUCCAAAUCCUUGCACUUAAUGUACAUAUCUGUUUCGUUCUGCAAGACUAAGUUGUCUUCAUACCGAAUUUUAAGAACACGUGUGUCUUAAUGCAACUGUGCUCCGCAGAAUUCAAUAGAAAGACUGGGACAGAGCGCUAGAGUAUACGCUAGUCUAUUAUUUCAGUCUUAUUUUAUAAAAGUAGAAGGCAACAAAAUAUGUAUUUCUGAUCAGGUUUCAGAAGCUUCAUAGUCCUUUCUAUAAAAUAUAAAACAAUAUGCAUCUUUAUUUCAAUCAUCAGUGUAAACUCUUUUACGAAUAAUAAGCACUUCAAAAAAAUAUUUCUUACAAAAAUAACUACUUUUUUCUUUGACACAUCGUGCAAAUUUACCAGUUAAAAAAAAUUUAACACGAAAAUAUACUAAUAACGUCAGUUUUAAAAUGCGAAGUUUAAUAAUUUUAAAUGAAAUUGCUCAAAUUCGCUACAAUAUUUUCAGUUGUUUACCAUUAUGAACUUAUAAAAGUGACAACCCUUUCACAAAGAGCACAUAAUGAGUUUUUUUUAAUUAAUAGAAAGUACUGUGUUAUUAAUCUUUAAUAUGUGUUUUGAAGUGUGAUGUUUUGUUUGGUUUUGAAAGAUGAAAUCUCGUUACCAUUUAAGUGUAACUGUAUUGAAAGUUCCUAAUAUAUUUAUUUACUGAAAUUAUGAAUGUAAAUUUUGUGUUUGUUCUCAGAGCUUUGAUCUGUGUUUUGUGCCAAUUUUAGAAUAAGAUACGUAACAAGCGUGUUUUAUUACGUAUUAAAAAGAAGUUUUGGAUCUCUGUUAAAAAUAUAAUUGAUGCAUACGGGUUUUGUAAAUAUUCGGUCAUCAUUUCUCUUCAAUUACUAUAUAUUCUACUUAUCACAUGAAUAAUUAAAAUGUCACAUGGAGUUAUAGCAUAGCUUUUACCAUGCAGAGUUCAACAAAGAACAACGAAUAAACAAACGCUGUUCUUUUUGUAACUGUUUUAAAGGAUUAGCUUUUUUCUAAAAAGUACAUUUAAAUUAUAGUUCGAUCACCACAUCCGCGACCAUGAGCGCUAACACGCAUCCGGCAUUCGGACAGAAUUAUUCUCAAAAUAGGGUGGAAGGAUGGGGACUUUCUUUCGCUCGAGCAUAUAAAUUCUCUCUUUCUGGAGAAUAGAAGACUUUCACCUGACCUUUCACGUCGCAGCAAGUAAUAGUGACCCUUUUGGAUGAGUCUAUGUGUUUUGGCAGAAUGCCAGCCAAGGUUGCGUUUGAGACGGUCUAACUAUAUCUUUUAUAAAUUAAUUGUUUCAGAUGUUAUCUGAUGAGUACUAUUGUCUAACCAUACAAGCAAAAUUAAAAUAAGCGUUAAUUAAAUUGGCAUUCUGUUUACCUUUAAUAGUUUAUAUCAGUACUGCAAUAGUACAUACAACAGUUAUAGAACUUAUAACUAUUUUAAGUACUAUUAUUAUUACUUAUAACUAUUUUAAGUACAGUAAGUUAUAAGUGUUACUUAAAAUGUAGAUAAGUUUCCUUCAAUAAACGAAGACACUUAAAUGAAAUUUUUUAUUAGGCAUAGAAUGCAAGUUAAUAUUUACAACACUGUGUCAAUUCAUUUAAAAAAAUCAAAGUUGAAAAGGGGAAAAGAACUAUAAAGAUAAUUAAUUCUUACGUAAAGUCACACCAGUUCGUAAUACUCCUCGGCCAAUAAAAAAAAAAAAAAAUUAGCGGUGGCAACCACAGUACUAGGUGAAAAGUACAGAAAUUGCCAAUACAGUUCUUUUAAAAUAAAAAAUUAGAGAUUUUCCCUUAUUUUCGAAACAAUUUAGAAGUUGAUGUUCUUCGUUAAAAUUCUUAGUUUAAAACUUUCAAUGUAUUUCUAAACACAACUGCAUUAAACUCAUUUUACGGUUGCUUGAACAAUGCAGGAUAUCCCGUGUGUUCAGAAAUACGAGAUUUCUUUACCAGUUUCUAAACGCUAUUUAUUUGCCGACAAACAGCUAAUCCUAGAUUAACAUCCUGAAAGGAAAUCAUUCCACAAUGACGACUCCUGUUCUUAAUCACUUUACGAAAUUACCGCUCUCACAAUAAAUGUUAAAAACCUACGUAAUUAUGUGCCAUGAUUUUUAUAUUUCUGAUAUCCAUGGGAUUCUCAGGGAGCUGUAUAAUGAAAUGUCCCGAAAGGAAAUCAGAAUCUUACAUCUUAAAAUAUGUUCAGCAGUAUUGUUAUUUUUUAAUAACGGAAAAAAAAUACUUAUUAAAAUCAGAAAAUAAUAGUUAAGGAAUUUUAAACAUGCUACUAUUCGAUUUAGAAUUGCGAGUCUAAUGUAUAUAUAACUAAAGAGGAAAUUUAAACCAGUACCCUCAAGUAGCUGUCACAGAAUAAUUUUAAAAAGUUUUAAUUGUUAAAUGAUUCUGUGAUUUAAUAUUUUUUCAUCUCCAUAAUAGACUUUAUCUUACGAAAAUUAGAUAAUUAGAAUUUUAACCGAUACAAGUAAUAUUUUUAUAUAUUACUUACGCACUGUAAAAAUGUGUCAAUUAAAUACAAGAAAAUUUAUUAAAUCAAGUAAAAACUUCUAGUGCUGCCAUCUAGUAGCUACUGAAAUUACCAAAGUAACAAUGGUAAUAUUUAUUUCGGUUAAAUGCCGCGAAAACUUAGCUCAUCAUGAUUUUAGUUAUAUAUGCCAAAUUUUUUCAUUAAAUUAUUCCUUAACAAGCAAAAAUACUGCUGAAUAUUCUAAGAACUUUUAUUUUAAGACAUGGUAUUUAAUUCUCAAGCAUGCUGUUAUCUCAUUAAACUUUUAUGUUAUGUCAUGAAAACGUAAAUGUAUAUGUCAUAAGAUAUGUUUGUUUUAUGUAAAAGUAUGCAUAAAAAUUUUUUGUGCAUAAUGUAUAAUAAAAAUAUUUG